AUGGAAGCCUCUAGGCGGUCCUUGCUGCCGGUGCUGCUCUUGUCCGCAGCGGUGCUCCUCGUUUCGGAGCUGGGCCGUGCCUUCCAGGCCCCGCCCGCGCCGCGCACGGCCGUGGCUCCACCCAGCCGCGUAGCGACACCACCGCUGGAGGCUGCACCCUUCGCCGGCAAGAGCACUCCUGUCUAUGAGGCUCUGGGCAUCGGGUUCGGGGGGCAGCAACACGGUUGUGGGCUGAAUGAGUGA